AUGGCCAUAUCUUAUAUCAAUACUCACUUGCUGACACGGGGCCAACUACCUGUAUACAUCACACGGGUAGAAUCCCCUACCCUUUUUUGGGUCCAACUAGAAUAUACUAGAACCAGGCUUACGGAACUACAAGAAGAUCUGAACUGCCUGAUGGAGAGAAGGAGAAAACGAUACACCUUGUUUCCCCACGCCGUCCACUUGAAACAGGCAGUAGCGGUAAAAAACAAAGGUAAUUGGUACAGAGGAGAGGUCACGGCCAUCCAUGCGAACUCCGUGACAGUACAUUUGGGUGAUUGGGGCCGAAACACGAAGAAGGCAAUGUGGGAAGUAUACAGGCUGCCUAAACACCUCUGCGAAGAUUCGUGGUACGCUAUAGCCUGUGGGUUGUGUGGAGUUGAACCCACAGAUCCCGGCUCCACAUGGGGAGAUAAAGCGCGAUCCCUAACAAGAGCUUUAAUUGAAGACGAAAAGGGAUCGAUGAAAAUUAAAAGGACUACCGCAGUUCGAGCCGCAGAAAUCGACCUACGGAUUCAUUAUAAAAACCAGUUGGGAUCCGUCAUCCUGAGAGAGGAAUUAGUACGGCUGGGACAAGCACAGUUAACCACCGAUACAAAUCAACACCCGCACCCGUUUACGCGAUAA